ACUUGCAUACUGUGCGCCUUUUAUGUAUUUAUUUCGAAUGAGGGAUUCUGCAUGGUGAUCCUGAAACAUGUUGCACAUCCUUGCGCUUCAGUCGGUGGUGUUAUUUCUGGGAGCAGCCGACUGUCGAGUGUUAGAGGGAUUACAGAGAUAUCCCUCCAUCCCUACUUACCUUCCAGUCAACUACCAGGUGCUCAACGCGGACUUGGCAUUCUUCCUGAAGGAAGCCAAUCAGGAUUUCAUGAGGAACUCUAGCCUGAUGUCAAGAACUGAGUCCUUUUUCAUCUACCAGGCCCGAGGUUUCCAUCAGUCAAUGCCAGUUACGGGCCUCUGUCGGUGGAGCAGUCUGUCCCGUUAGAUCUCCUGCAGAGCCCAGGGACUUUUCCUGCCUCUUCCAUAUUUACCUUCAAUUGGAAGGUGCAAACCUUUAUCAUGAAUAACAGAAUUCACCUGGCCAAACCCAAAGUCCAAGUCCUGUUCUAUGUUGCAGGCAGAGACUGGGAUGACUA